AUGCCGCCGCGUAGGUCUGCCCGCCUGAGAGGCGAGACCCCUGCCAUCGAGGAGCCCUCGCUCCCCCCUACUAGGUCUAGGUCCACUAGAUCCAAAUCUCCCAGAAAGCUUUCCUCCCUCGCGGAGCGUGACGAGACAACAACAACAGACGUGGGCUCCCAGCCAAACAACGACCCCGUGCCGUCAACUCCUAUGCACCACUCCCCCAAGGACAAGUCCAAUCCUCCCUCCCAUUCCAAGUCCGCCAUGAAGACGCCUUCGUCUGCCGGAGAAGUUCGCCCCGCUCACGAGGAAAUGCACCCGAGCAAGGUGAGGCAGAGCACGACCAAGCAGCCCGACUCGGGCCUCAUCCUUGGCUUCAAUCCCGUCAAGCGAGAUUCCAACGGAAACAUCAUCAAGGACACCGUUGUCAGCAAUACGCCGUCGAAGACGAAAGAGUCACCCCCGAGCACUCUGAGCACUCCCAAGUUCGAUCUCAAGUUUGCGAGCGAUGAGACGCAGUUGAGCGAGGAAGCCAGGAAGCUCAUGGAGAACGUCCGCGAGGAUGUUGCCCGGAUCAAGGCCCAGAUGAUCCUGGAAAAGGGGGAGCAAGAACGCAAGGAGCGCGAGGCGCAGCAGCAGCAGGACGGGCGAAAGAUUGCUAAACCCAAGGGCAAGACGGGCCGCUUCAGCGCCGCCCACAUGGCCGAGUUCAGGAAGAUGGACUCGAUUGAAAACCAUCCUUCUGCUUUCAGGGCUGCGCCAGGACGUUUCAAGCCUGUCGACAAGUCUCUCAAGCGGAAGAUCUCCAAGGCCGCUCUGGACGAGCCGGAGAAGCAGUCGUCGUCGCCCUCUAAGCCCGCCGUCGCAGAUGCCAAACGCGUGAAACGGGCAGAGGGUGAGGAUGCUUCUGUUGCUCGUCCAAGGCCCGAGGAUGAGAGUCCCAAGAAAUCUGCCAUUCCCCAGCCGAAAUCCACCAUCCGCAGCAGCUCUCUCAUGACGCCGACCAAGGCCUCCUCUGCACGGUUUGCAACCGCCAAGCCGCAGAAGACGUCGAUGAUACCGACGCUGGCACGGUCGCCAACAUCCCGCAUCACCGCCCCUCCACGCACCCCUCAGACUGAAUUUAAUCCGAAACUCAAGAAGAAUCUCCCCAGCCUUGGGAAUCUGAAGUCCAUCCUGAGACGUCAUCAGCCUCUUUUCUCCAACGAUCCGGUCAAAAUUGCUGCUGGAACGCAUAUUCCCAAGCCGGGAUUCAAUCCUGACAUCAAAUUGGAUAACCUUCCCAGCAUGUCUUUUGACGAGGAGCCUUGUCCAACUCCUUCGCCUAAGAAGCAUGUGGAAUUCUCGCCGAGCACGAAGGCGUCCCCGUCCCCGUCUAAGGUUCCUGCGCCUGACGUGUCGACUUCGGAUGUUGUCUACCCUACGCUGCCGCAGAUAACGCCGCCAAAGGAGAAGAUCGACACGCCUACCAUCCGUCGCGUUCGGGAGUCGGGUGUGUCUGCUCAAGCUAGCCCGUUCCCGAAUCUGCCAGCUGUUCCGCAUGGGAUUGCCAACAAGAAGCGACACCGCGAUGACGACGACGAGGACUCGGAGAACAUUCCUCCAGCGGAUUCUACUUCUGAUGAGCAGCGGAGUACUAAGAGACUGAAGACUAGCAGCACCCCUGCUGUCUCUCAGAAGACUAUUUCUAGUCCUCUCAAGUCGCGCACCACGACGCCAGCCCAGCCUACCCAGCCUACUCCAGGAAAAGCAACGCCAGGCAAGGCUACACCGGCUCAGACUGGAACACCGGGUACCGCUAGUCGGAAGAGCCGCGGUGUCUUGAGUAUGAGCCGUUUGAACAUGCUUGCCAAGCCGAAGACACGGCGUUGA